UGCUUGCAUGCUCAACACUUACCUUAAAACCCUUAAACUCAGCUGGGCGGAGUUAUUAGCACUCAACCAUUUUCUCUGGUCUUAAAAUUCUCCUAGGGCUUUAAAUGGCCUCAAUUUGAGUGAAAUUCUGCAUGAGCUUUCUGGGGCUGUGAGCUGAAAAUGACUUCCUCUGAGGGAGAACUUGAGGAGCAGCUUAAGGAGACUGGGAAUAAGCUCCUUAACCCUCCUUCCUCCAUUGAUGAGCUCCUCAAUCUUCUGGAUAAAGUUGAGAGUUUGUUAGCAAAUGUGGAACAAGCACCAUCAGAAUCAAUGAAAGAUGCACUUUUACCCUCGAUGAAGGCACUGAUCGCUAAUGAACUUUUGACACAUUCUGAAAUGGACGUGAAGGUUUCAGUUGCAUCUUGCCUUACUGAGAUUACAAGGAUAACAGCUCCGGAUGCCCCUUACAAUGAUGAUCAAAUGAAGGAAAUUUUUCAUCUAACUGUAGCAGCAUUUGAACAAUUGCCUUACAUGUCCAGUCGCUGUUAUACAAAGGCGGUUUCAAUUCUUGAAACUGUUGCAAAGGUCAGGUCAUGCUUGGUGAUGCUGGACCUUGAGUGUGAUUCAUUGGUAGUUGAAAUGUUUCAAAAUUUCUUAAAAGGUCUCAGGUCCAACCAACCACACACUGUAUUUUCAGCCAUGGAAACGAUUAUGACCUUGGUCAUAGAUGAAAGUGAAGAAAUUUCCUCAGAUCUUCUCGUUCCUCUUCUAGCUAGUGUAAAAAAGGAAAAUGAGACUGCUUCGCCUAUUGAGUGGGAACUGGGGGAGAGAAUUAUUACCAAUUGUGCUGUUAAGCUUGAACAUUGUCUCAAGGAAGCAGUUCAAUCUAUGGGCAUUGCUUUGGAUGAAUAUUCUCAAACAGUUGCUUCUAUAUGCCAAAGUGGUUCUGUUCCCCUUGAACACGAACAUGUCAAUGGCUAUGGGGAGCAUUCGGCUGAUGAUAAGUUAGAAGAAAGCACAGAUUCCGAUCUGCCACCAAAGACAGAUCCAAAUGAGCCACCCCAGGUGACUGAGGGUCUUGCUCCAGAUACUGUUUGUGGCACCAAAGUUGGCCAACUUGUGGAUGGUACUUUGAAAUCAGCAAUGAGUAAUGGCAUUAGGAAUGAUGAAACUUUAAAAAACGAAAAAACUUCAAAAUCAUUACAGAGUCGUGUUCUUGCUAAACAUUCCAAAAGCAUUGGUGCAAGAAGCAAUGCUGAGCCUGGCAGCUUAGGCUCUACAAAGGCAGCCAAGUCAGAAAUUGAGCGAGUCUCUGUUCCAAAGAAAAGGGGUAGGAAACCUAAUUCCUUAAUGAAUCCUGAGGAAGGCUAUGAUCAUACUUGGAUUUCUCCUGGAAGAAAAACUACGAUCACGCAUCGCAGAAAAUCUCAUGAUGGGGGAGUUGAUGAUACACCUUCCGAAAACCCAGAUUCCUCAAUGGCCAAUUUAUCCCUUGAGAAUGUGACUGAACCAUCAGCUUUCGAAGCUAAAACUAAUGAGAUCGUAGUUCCUGCUGCUCCAUCCCCAGAGCAUGGCCUUCCUGAUUCAAGCCUUCGUAAAAGGGGCCGGCCAAAGAAAAAAGGGAACACAGCGAAUCAAGAUGCCGAUCCUGAUUCCCAUUCUAGGUCAAAGGGAAGGUUUUUGAAAGCUCAUGUUGGGGAGAAAGCUCUGCAAUCUGCAGAUCUGAGUAUGAAAAAGGAAUCUGAAGUUUUGAGUAACUGUAACACAAAGGCACAGGGACGCUCAAGAAAGAUUAGAAUUGCUACAACGCCCAAAGAAGAGACAACGGUAGCUCCUGGAUAUGUAGUGUCAGAAAAGGAAGCUGAUGUCCCUUGUGUUCCUGAGGAAAAACAUCCGUGUCCAUCAACUAUGAAUGUAGAUGGAAUGAAUGAUAAGUCCUUAAUCCAAUUGGUUAUCAAGAAAAGGAAGAGGGGUGAUGUGCCUUCAAAACAGGAUAUUUCUGAAACAUCCGGCAGUAAGAUGAUUUCAAAGUCUGCAACUAAGUCAACCAAUAGAGAUGACAGUUACUUGGAAGAAACCUCUAAAUCUAAACUCAAGAGGAUGCGUACCACCGGAAAGAAAGAGGUACAAUCUUCUGAAAAGUCUGACCUUGAUGAGCAAUUAGUCGGUAGCAGAAUAAAAGUUUGGUGGCCAUUGGAUAAGAUGUUUUAUGAAGGCGUUGUAAAUUCUUAUGACCCUGUUAAAAAGAAGCACCAGGUGUUAUAUGCUGACGGUGAUGAAGAAGUCUUAAAUCUCAAAAAGGAAUGCUGGGAACUGGUUGGAGAUAAUGUUUUGCCUGUUGGUCAAGAGACUAAUGCUCAAGAACCAUGUGCUUCAUCUGAUCUACUGCAAAAGAGGAGGGGGAAAGCAAAGUCAAAGUCAGCCAAACGAGAAAUAGUUGAUUCUUCUUCGAAAAGGAGUGGAGCUUUGGGUGGCAGAUCUGAAGUCGUCGAACGAACAGAAUCUGGUGGUAAUUCUGCAGAUAAUCUUGAGCCCGACAAACCUAUUGUUGGUUCCGAGUCUGUGAAUGACCCUUCUAUGGCAGAAGAUGGGUUGAAAGAUGACCAUAUAAAGUCUACUGGAAAAUUGAGGAUUGAGAGGCUAAAGACUGGUACCAACUUGAUGCAGAACGUGCCUAAGGCUACUACCUUGCCCAAGGGAUUCCUUUAACUUACAGAUAUAUGUUAGAAAGGGUGCAAAGAAAUGGAGGUAGUUAAGUUCUAUUUACCUGAGUUAGACAAGGUUGUGUAUAGAGUGAGUGGUGACAGAAGCUCUAAGGCUUAUAAUUUUGGCUUUAGGACAGGGUAGUAUCAGUUAUAGUCUCUUUCUUUUGUUUCUCAUGUAACGGCAGAAGCAAGCAUAGGGUGUUUUCUGCCAUCAGAGACUGGUUUAUGCAUUUGAACUCUUACCAACUUGUUUCAUGUUAUUGUUCUCUGGGUUCUGCUCAUCACCCAGUUUGAAACUCUCCAAUUGGUCCAAUGUAGGGGUUUUUCAAACCUGUCAUGUCGACUUUUAUCAAUAAAACGCAGAACGUUUCCUUUCAAA